CUUCUCUUUACCUAAAGGAAGUCUCAGUACACCAUCUUCUUCCCCCAGAACUAAGAAAUGGCUAGUACUGUGAUUAGGCUCACAGUGUUAAGUUUGUGUGCCCGUGCCCUGCUCUUACUCAUCAUCAGUAACCCUCAUCAAGCAUUGGGCUCAAGUCGAGGUUCUUUCGGUCUAACCGGCGACAUUACUGGACUACCGGCCGGAUUAUGUGCGUCUGCGGUGAGCAUUCAUGGAUACAUAUGCCAGGAGUUUGAAGUGAGAACCGAUGAUGGGUAUAUAUUGAGCCUGCAAAGAAUUCCGGAAGGUCGCGGUGGUGGUGAUGGUGGUGGGAACAAGAAGCAGCCAGUCUUGUUGCAACAUGGGGUUCUUGUG